AUGAGACCCUGCUUUCAACGGAUUUGUCAUAUGGGGCCCAAUCUAUAUACUUUUGUCUCUGAUGGUGAAAUGGACGAAUUCCUUCUCCCUGACUAUUCUGUUCAACUUACUCCAAUUGAUUAUAAGUAUAAUGCCACUCAGUAUCACUCUUCUCAUUCGUUGAAUUAUGAUGAUAAUGAUGCUGACCUCUUUACUUAUAUUCCCGCCGCUUCGAUUAGCAUUACUCAGCUAAUAUCAGAUACUGAACUUCCUGUUGCUGCAGCUACUCGUCUUGUUGCUAAGCUUUCUGCUUUACAUGCCACUGCUAAAGCUAUGUAUGCUUCACCUAUUGUUACCCCUUCUGGACAGGUCGAUUCUUUUAUAGAUUUUGACGAAUUCCUCUCAGUUUACGAUAUUCCUUUUCUGCCGUGUACUUUUGACACAUCUAUGUUGAAUGAUGAUUCUGAUAACAACCCAUAUAAUUCUGAUGAUGACUCGCUUUUCUCUUUUUCAUUUUUCGAUGACUUUUCUUUUAUGAGUUCUCUCUCAGAAUCUAUUGUUUCUCUUCUGAUCGCCUUUCCUCUAUUUUGCUUUGAUCUUGGUCCUCUGGUUUAUCAACCUAUUUCCUUCUUAGCCUGGUCGUUUGUUCAAUUUGUAGUUAUGUAG